AUGCCUUCAGGAUGUGCAAGCGAGGAUGACCUGGGGUGGUAUCCUGGUUUUCUGGAUGCAGAUUUGCUGGCUGUGUUGGGCGCCGCGGGAGAAGGAGAAGGAGCGGGCUGUGCUGAUGGUGUGGGCGCUCGCGGGCCCGGGGGUUCUUCGGAUGCGUCCUUGCUCGGCAUCGAGUGUGUUAACAAGGACGGCGUGCGCGGGAGUUCACAGGGCUAUUAUGAUGAUAUUGACGACAAGGCGCUCGCCAGUAUGGAUUUAACACCGGUCGCCCCGAGGUCGUUAUCCCGGCGCGCGACGGAAGGCGAUAACGCGGGUUCGACGUCGCGGCCACCGGAAGUCGUUGGAGCCCAAUCCCGUGUCCCAGCAAAGCGCUCGUAUUCCGAGUCUGAUGCCGCAAGUGGUGGCAAGACAGCCCAGGGAUCCGCGCAGAAGUGCCCACGCACUGACCCUGAUGCGCCUGUCCUAGUCGCGCAGGGAUCGUGGCACUGGCAAAAGGCAAUAGAGAAACUCUGCGUGGGCGUGCGGUGGGAGGUCGCGCGCGUCGUGUCGCUGGGGUUGAAACACCCCACCGCCUCGUCGGAAACGGCGAGGUACCUCACCUACGACGCGCUCAAGCUCGACUGGCUGAAUAAGCUUUGCGGUGGAGACAAGGAUGGCGCGAACGCGAGGUUCGCCCCCAGAGCUGCGAGGUCCAUCUACGUGAACUGGAUGAGUGAGGGUAACGAUGAGAUGGAUCCGCGGAACGGGGAUAUGGAAACUGCAUUCAAGAGAGAGAGAGAUGCGAAGUCCCCGUGGCAAGCGCUAGACGAAGAGGAAAACAUGCUCAAGGACCAGAAGAGGGGAGAUGGCUCCGCCCCAUUCAACGGAACAGUGUGGUUCCACGCAAAGUUGAAGAAAGCGGAGCGCGGAGCGCUCAAGAUCGAGUUGCAGCCACCGACGCUUGGCCCCUCGUGUCGAUUCACGCGGAAAUUCGGGUCUGCGAGCCACCUGCGGGUCAGCCUCCCCAAGGAGAAGGGUGGCGUCGGUGCGGAAGCUCUGCAGGCAUGGUUCAUCCGCCCGUUCGUCAUUAAUGGACAGGUUUUCCGUGCAUUUUACGAGAAAGAACGGACGGUCUUCUUGUUCCGGACGGCUGAGGUGUAUGAUCCGAGAACCGAGUCCAUUAUGCCCGACCAGAACGACCGAUGGUCCCUUCAACGCUUCUUAGACUGGCAUAAUCCCAUGGAACUGAAUCAGAACCAAACCAUUGGGAAAUGGGCUUUCCGUAUGGGGUUGGGUCUAUCGAGCUCAGUGGCAGGUGUUGGCCUUGCUCCGGACCAUGUUCACCCCAUCGAUGAACAAACAUACAAGCUUCACCACCCCGAAGUGAAGAAACCACCCAGUUGGAUGGAGAUGACAGACGGUUGCGGCUUCAUCAACCGAGCGGGGCUGCGUGCUCUCCGGAAGACACUUGAAUGGGACUAUCUGCCGGUCGCUGUGCAGGUGCGUGUCAGGGGCGCGAAGGGCCUACUGCUUUUGCAUCCCGGAGCAGCCGAGAAUGAGGACCCCGAGCCGCGGAUAUGGCUGCGACCAUCUCAAGAGAAGAUCAAGUACGACCCGGGGGUAGUGCUGUCAGACUCGACCCUGUCCACUAUAGACGUCCUGAGGCCCGCGCAUAUGAGGACACCGUCGCGCCUGUCCGGGGAAGUGAUGGUGAACCUCGGCGAGAACGGAGUGGAUCCCCAGGUGCUCGUCAAUCUCAUGGAAACCGCUCUGGACGACUGUAUCAACUCGUUGACAGACUGGGAAGGAGAAGACGGGUGCAUCAAGCUGUGGCACGCUGUUGACAAGACUUGGGGCGUGCGAGGGGCGCGACUCGCUCGGCAGGAAGCCGUACGUGCGCGCGCUUGCGGACUGACGGGGAAAGACUUCUCAUUGCAUGCUGACGACGGUGAGGACGACGAUGAGGAAGGGAUCGAUGGCGUCCCAGAGAAUGCAGUUAAGGAUCGGUCGACGGCAUGGUGGCCAGACGAGAUCAGUGGCUGUCCGUCAUCACUUCCCGAAACUGUCAUCGAGCUUUUGUCGAGCGGGUUCUCCCCGGACUCUUGCAUCGUACUGAGGAGGAAAUAUCGAGAGGCCAUCAAGAAACUUAUAGAACGGAGGAAAUCGAGCCUUUUCAUUCCGACUCCGAUGACCGCAAGGGCUUGGAUUGUCCCAGAUCCAGUUGGAGUGCUCGCGAUAGGUGAAGUACAUAUCAAAAGUUCUCAACGAAAUUUGAAGAUGAAAACACCUGACGGGGAAGAAGUGUCAACUGACAUACUCGAGGGGGAUGUGUUGAUCACUCGGAAUCCCUGCAAAUUACCCACGGACGUGAAGAAGGUCAAGGCCGUUGUCUACCCCGAGCUGAAAGAUUAUGUCGAUGUCAUCGUCCUCCCAGUAACCGGAUUUCGAAGUCUGGCAUCCGAGCUCGCUGGGGGGGAUUAUGAUGGCGACGAAGUCCUGGUGAUCCACGAUCCUCGUAUUGUCCAGGGCUUCCAUAAUGCUGACAGCAAAUAUCUGUGGGAGCCAGCCUCCGUAACCAGGGACAUCGAUGAAGACAAGACUCUGGUAUCUGACUUUUUACGGCUACAUAGGGAAUCCGACAACCUCGCUCGUGAACAACAGAAGGUGGUGCUCGCCAAUCUCGGCAGUGAUAGUUUAAAGGGCCUCUAUUCGACGAUGCACGACUACGUUGUGUACACAAGAGGCUACCAUGAUCCUGAUGCUAUCCGUCUGGCUUAUCUAUUCAGUGGCGUUGCUUUGGAUGGCAUGAAGAGCGGGAAGAAGAUCAAAGUUGAAGCUUCGCGAAGGGAUCGCCGUCAAUUUCUGGCUGGUAAACCGUGGUGGGCACUGGCGACGGCGAUCACCGAAACCCAGAACCCAGUGUGUGCCAAGCGUGCUAAUUCACGGUGCUUUGUCCUGGACGCUGUCGUGCGGGCGGCUCAAAAGGCAGCGGAGCGGCAUCUCGUCAAGAUUGAUCGAUUGCUGCAAGAUAAUAUGGCUCGCGACCCAAUAGAUCAACAUCUACUGCGACCGUGGGCUGCAGCGCGGUCAAGCGCUGAGCAGCAGCAGGAAACCAAGAUCGGCGCGUUGAAGACGCGGGACCUGGACCUGAUUGAGAAACACGUACGAGAUAUUUUCAAGGAACGGCAAGACGAGAUGCGGCUCAAACCAGAUCAGUCGUUCACCGUCCGGCCUAUCGUGUCCAGGCAAGAUGUCCUGCGGCAGGUAUCAUGGGACUUCGCAUCCGCUCCAUCUCUCGACCAGAUGCUCAUCUACAACGAGGACGACGACUUGCUCCAGCGACUGAAGGCGUCGUGCGCUUACACACUUUAUCAUACACGCGGGGUUUAUUCUCCUUUUCCCUUCGAUGUGGCAUUUCGCGUUCUCUGCGAUAUCAAGGCGAAGGCGGCUGGCGGAUCCAAGACGCUUCAUCACGACUUCGCAGCUCACCACGCCUUGCACAAAGUGUUCCUGAAGAAGUGA